GUUCGCCGCGUUCGCGCGCGCGUCCGCACGUCGCGACGCGGUCGACGCGGUCGACGCGGUCGACGCGGUCGACGCGGUCGACGCGGUCGACGCGCGCGUCGAUCGAUCGCGGGACGCGCGCGCGCGUCGCGACCUUUCGAAUUCAACGACGCGAAUUCGACGCGAAUUCGACGCGAAUUCGACGACGCGCGGCGAGCGCGAGGGCGCGCGUCAUGGGAUGCGCGCAGGGAACGCUGAAGCGCGCGGGGAGCGUGAAGGCGCGCGAUCGGUCGCUCGCGGUGAUGAAGUCGUUGUUUCCGGUGGCGUUCGUGGACGCGUACGAGGUGGAAUCCAAGGCGACGUUCGACGCGUACGGAGGCGCGUUCGACGUCGUGUCGAGGGAAGACGGGAGCGCGCGAACGGCGGUGUUGGCGCGGUUGAAAAAGCAGGCGGACGGCGAGAGCUUGACGAUAUCGCAGUUUUCCAUGGAGGAGUACGUGUUGCAGUUGUUGCGUCACGACGGCGUGGCGAGCGUGUACGAGAGCUUCACGGAGCUGCGAAAGAGACCGGCGAUGGGGGUGUUGAUCGUGGAUCGGUUGCGCGGGGCGAAACUGAUCGAUUACUUGCAACAGAAGGACGGGGCGAAGCUCGGUGAGGACGAGGCGCGGGAGAUCAUGGUGCAACUGGCGUCGGUGUUGAAGCACCUCGUCGACUGCGGGGUGACGUGUGGGAAUUUGGAUUUAGAUACGUUGGUGUUUAGAGAGGAAGAUAACAUGGAAUUAGUGGUGACGUCGAUGCGUUAUGCAUCGUUAGCGGGACACCCUUCGCCGUACGUCGUGGAGUACGGGACGUACGAGAUCGAGGAUGAGUUGGGACAACCGGUGACGCGAACGUUUCCAGAGGAUGCGCGAAAGUUACACUUCGCCGCGCCCGAGCGCUUGAAGCCGGACUCUCGAGGACGCGAUCGGCAACCGUCGGUGGAUGUAUGGUCGUUCGGCGUGAUCAUGUACACGUUAUUGGCGGGAUACCUUCCCUUUGAAGGCGAAGAUAGUCGAACGCUUUGCGAGAAAAUUCGCCAAGGCAACUUCACCGCCUUCAAGUACGACGUGGAGACGUGGGACUCCAUCAGCAUGGGCGCCAAAGACUUGAUCGCGGGAUGUUUGCGCGUCGACCCUCGACGUCGUUUCAACAUCGAGCGCAUUAUGAAGCACCCGUGGAUUAGAAAAUUCGAGGAUCCAAACGCGACGUUUAUCGCGCUCGGCAGCGAUCUCGGCACGCCGCCCCUUUCCUAUGUGAGCAAUUCUUCCGAUUACGACGACCUGCACUCUCCGAUGCAUUAACAAAACAUAGUCUCCAUAGAUCUACAC